AUGGCGCUGCUGGGCCGCCAGAGUGAUCUGUGGCGGACCGUGGAGGCGGGAAGAAAACCUGAAAGCAAAGAGAUUGGAAUAAUUUUGUUGCAGCGGAUAUUCAACUCCUUUGUGUACACAGAAAAAAUCUCAAACGGAGAAAGUGAAGUUCAGCAGCUAGCCAAAAAAAUUCGGGAAAAGUUUAACCGUUACUUAGAUGUGGUAAAUCGAAACAAGCAUGUCGUGGAAGCUUCGUAUACUGCUCACUUGACAUCCCCUCUCACAGCAAUUCAGGACUGUUGCACCAUCCCACCAUCUAUGAUGGAGUUUGAUGGCAAUUUUAACACUAACGUGUCUAGAACCAUUAGCUGUGAUAGAUUGUCCACCACCGUGAAUAGCAGAGCAUUCAACCCUGGGCGUGAUUUAAACUCCGUACUUGCUGACAAUUUGAAAUCAAAUCCUGGAAUCAAAUGGCAGUACUUUAGUUCAGAAGAAGGCAUUUUUACUGUGUUUCCAGCUCACAAAUUCCGAUGUAAAGGCAAUUAUGAACACCGCAGCAGGCCUGUCUACGUCUCUACAGUUAGACCUCAGUCAAAGCAUGUAGCUGUCAUUAUAGACCAUGGAGCUUCAGUUACAGAAACACAACUGCAGAUUGCUAAAGAUGCAGCCCAGGUUAUUCUGAACUCAAUAGAUGAACAUGAUAAGAUUUCUGUGUUAACUGUGGCAGACACAGUGAGAACUUGUUCUUUGGAUCAGUGCUACAAGACAUUUCUGUCUCCUGCUACUAGUGAGACAAAAAGGAAGAUGUCCACCUUUGUUAGCAAUAUCAAAUCAUCUGACAGCCCUACCCAGCAUGCAGCAGGCUUUCAGAAAGCAUUUCAGUUGAUGCGAAAUACAAACAAUAGCAUCAAACCUCAAGCAAACACAGAUACAGUCAUAAUUUACUUAUCAGCUGGAAUAGCAUCAAGAGAUUCAUCCGAAGACAGUAAAAAGACUACUCUUCGUGUCAUCAAUGAAGAAAAUAGUUUGCUUAACAACUCCGUAAUGAUCCUUACUUAUGCUCUCAUGAAUGAGGGUGUGACAGGCUUAAAAGAAUUAGCCUUUCUUCGAGAUCUGGCAGAACAAAAUUCAGCAAAGUAUGGAGUCCCAGAUCGAACAGCUUUUCCUGUAACUAAGGGCAGUAUGAUGGUCCUUAACCAGCUGAGCAAUUUGGAAACAACUGUUGGACGGUUUUAUACAAAUCUCCCAAACCAUAUGAUUGAUGAAGCAGUCUUCAGUUUGCCCUUUUCUGAUGAAAUGGGUGAUGGUCUGAUAAUGACUGUCAGUAAACCAUGUUACUUUGGAAACCUGUUGUUAGGAAUUGUUGGAGUGGAUGUUAAUCUAGCCUAUAUUUUGGAAGAUGUUACCUAUUACCAAGAUUCUUUGGCUUCAUACACAUUUCUGAUUGAUGAUAAAGGUUAUACGCUGAUGCACCCCUCUCUCACCAGGCCCUACUUGCUUUCUGAACCACCGCUUCACACAGACAUAAUACAUUAUGAGAAUAUUCCAAAAUUUGAACUGGUUCGACAGAAUAUCCUCAGCCUCCCCCUCGGCAGUCAACUUAUUACAGUCCCGGUGAAUUCGUCACUGUCUUGGCAUGUCAACAAAUUGCGUGAAAUUGGGAAAGAUGCCUACAAUGUGAGUUAUGCCUGGAAAAUGGUUCAAGACACAUCUUUCAUUUUGUGUAUAGUUGUAAUACAACCAGAAAUACCUGUUAGACAACUUAAAAAUCUCAACACUGUACCCAGUAGUAAACUUCUUUAUCAUCGUCUGGAUCUGUUAGGCCAGCCCAAUGCUUGUCUGCAUUUCAAACAACUGGCAACCUUAGAAAGCCCUACAGUGAUGUUGUCUGCAGGUGGUUUUUCGUCUCCAUAUGAACAUCUAAGUCAGCCCGAGACCAAGAGGAUGGUGGAACAUUAUACAGCAUAUCUGAGUGACAACACCCGCCUCAUUGCCAACCCUGGGCUGAAAUUCUCUGUCAGAAAUGAAGUAAUGGCUACCAGUCACGUCACAGAUGAAUGGAUGACACAAAUGGAAAUGAGUAGCUUGAACAGUUACAUUGUCCGCCGUUACAUAGCAACGCCCAAUGGGGUGCUCAGAAUUUAUCCUGGUUCCCUCAUGGACAAAGCAUUUGAUUCCACUAGGAGACAAUGGUACCUCCAUGCAGUGGCUAAUCCAGGAUUAAUUACUUUCACUGGGCCAUAUUUAGAUGUUGGAGGAGCGGGCUAUGUGGUUACCAUCAGUCAUACUGUCCAUUCCUCAAGCUCACAGGUGUCUUCUGGCCAUUCUGUUGCGGUGAUGGGCAUUGAUUUUACUCUGCGAUAUUUCUACAAAGUACUAAUGGACCUGUUACCAGUUUGUAACCAAGACGGAGGCAAUAAAAUAAGAUGUUUUAUUAUGGAAGACAGAGGAUAUCUUGUGGCACAUCCAACUCUUAUUGAUCCGAAAGGUCAUGCUCCAGUAGAACAACAACAUAUCACACACAAGGAACCUCUUGUGGCAAAUGAUAUCCUAAAUCAUCCAAACUUUGUGAAGAAAAAUUUGUGUAACAGUUUCAGUGACAGAACCGUCCAGAGAUUUUAUAAAUUUAAUACUAGCCUGAUGGGUGAUCUGACAAAUCUUGUGCACGGCAGCCACUGUUCUAAAUACAGGCUGACAAGAAUACCUGGAACCAAUGCCUUUGUUGGAAUAGUAAAUGAAACCUGUGACUCACUUGCUUUCUGUGCCUGCAGUAUGGUAGACAGGCUCUGUCUGAACUGUCACAGAAUGGAACAGAAUGAAUGUGAAUGCCCUUGUGAGUGCCCUUUAGAAGUCAAUGAAUGUACAGGCAACCUUACCAAUGCAGAAAGCAGAAACCCUAGUUGUGAAGUCCAUCAGGAACCUCUGACUUUUAUUGCUGUGGAUCCCAGCCUACAGGAUGCUCUUCCUCAGUGUAUCAAUACACAGUGUAAUCAAAGAAUGGAGAGUGGAGAUUGUUUUGGUGUCUUAGACUGUGAGUGGUGCAUGGUAGACAGUGAUGGAAAGACUCACCUUGAUAAAUCCUAUUGUGCUCUUCAGAAGGAAUGCUUUGGGGGUAUUGUGGGUGCCAAAAGCCCCUAUACGGAUGACAUGGGAUCCAUUGGAGAUGAAGUGAUAACCUUGAAUAUGAUAAAAAGUGCUCCAGUUGGUCCUGUAGCAGGAGGUAUUAUGGGAUGCAUAAUGGUGUUGGUUCUUGCGGUCUAUGCCUAUCGUCAUCAGAUCCAUCGCAGAAGUCAUCAGCAUAUGUCUCCACUUGCAGCCCAAGAAAUGUCAGUCCGCAUGUCCAACCUGGAGAAUGAGAGAGAUGAAAGGGAUGAGGACAGUCAUGAAGACAGAGGAAUCAUCAGUAACACUCGGUUUAUAGCAGCAGUUAUUGAGCGACAUGCCCACAGUCCUGAACGUAGACGCCGCUACUGGGGACGAUCAGGAACAGAAAGUGAUCAUGGCUACAGUACUAUGAGUCCUCAGGAAGACAGCGAAAACCCUCCCUGCAACAAUGACCCAUUAUCAGCUGGUGUAGAUGUGGGAAAUCAUGACGAAGAUUUAGACCUGGAGACCCCACCUCAGACUGCUGCCCUUUUGAGUCACAAGUUCCACCACUACAGGUUGCACCAUCCCGCUCCCCACCACAGUCACCACUUACAGGCUGCAGUGACGGUACACACGGUAGAUGCAGAAUGCUAACGACUUUGAACUCGGGGGAGAAUUGCAACUAAUGACACAGGCAGCAGGAGCCCAACUCAUGUUCAUCUUUCGUGACAGGCAUGGUUUUGGUGACUAUCACAGGACGCAUUUCAGACGCAAAUGUUCUCUUUCUAAAACAUAAAGCUGCCCUGGAGUGGAGAAGUUAAGGUGAUGAAUGAACCUGCCAUAACACUCAGUCAAAUGGAAUAGUAGGAAUGUUCGAUCUCCAAGCACAAGAAAGAAGAAAGGUUUACACAAAGGUUUAAGCUGAGUGUUUUGAACUCGGUUAAUCUGAGCCAAGAAAAGAGUUAGCGCAGUUGAAGGCGAAGAAGAUUUUGCUUUCCUUAAAGGGAAGAACAGAAAUUGCAGCCAGAGAGAAAGAAGGUGCUGGAUCUAAAAAUAGCCAUUGCCACAAGGUUUUCAUUUGUGUGGGCUCCUUUUUUUAAAAAAGUUCAUUGCUCUUACAAAUUUAUUGUAUAGGAUCUAGGACAAUGCAUCUGGAGAUUUUAAAAUAAAGGAUUAUUUUUGUACUAUUUAUUGAACUCAAAACACUCAUGAACUCUGAGAGAAAGGAAAGGGAGGGAAUAAAGGCAUCACAGACUUUCCGUGAAUACAGCCUAAAGUUUUAUUUGUGUUGGUGACGCUGUGGUUCUUAAGAGACUUGAUAUUCAACCCCCUUCUGCACCAUGCUAUAAAGGGAAAAUGAAGAAAUUGUGUGCUGAUUUGUUUACAUAAUUAAGGGUUCGUUUCCAUGGUCAUUUGUACACUAUAAACAUGGCUUGUUGUGUUUAUAUUAUAUAUAUCACCCUUCUCCACAAUUUAUAUAUAUGACUAAAAUUGUGUAGAAAUGUGAUACGAAGUCUGAGCCUCCUGGCUAAAGCAUUGAAGAAUCCUAUUCUUCUCUCACUCGCCAUCUUACUUAUUUUCCAACUUGGGGGCAAAAUUCCAUUUAAUAUAGUAACACAGUAUUCAGUGCCAUUCAUGACUGACAAACUGAAAAUGCUAAUUGUUUCCAUUUCACACAAUGGAAAAAUUUUCAAAACAUAAUGAUAAAAGGUCUCUCCCAUUUAUCUGGAGUUUAACACUGUUUUCGUUCUUCAUUGGAGAUUCAUAACAUCUGACUUGAUGACACAUGGACCAUAUAAUUUUAAGCUAGUUUUAAGUCGCCGUGUUUUGUUUUAAAGUGACUAAAAUAUUAUGGGCACAUAUUUGCACUUGUGCAUAUGAUAAACAUUCAUCUAUAUGUAGUUUUUAAAAAGGUAUCUGAAUAUUGCUUUAAUAAUAGGGUACUUAAUAGUUAUGUAAAUGGUUUUUAACAGUAUGGUAAAGUAUGUGUGUGCUAUCAUGAUGCCCUUUAUACUAUGUAUAAAAUCACAAUUUCUAGUGGAAUAAAAUUAUGUAAAGUAUGGAUUUAUGAAUUACUUUUAACAGGUCCAAAUGUAAUUUGGCAUA